GUUGUCUGUCAUUCUCCCUGCGUGCGUCUAGAAAAAAUGAAUAUCUUCACUCUGUUCUUUGUCUGCGUGGCUUUGCACAAUUUUGCAAAAGUCGGUGCUAUGCAAAAUAGCAGUGAAGGUUUUCGUGGUAAAGCUGCUAUUUUUGAACGUCGACAGCCACGUAAACGAGGCAUUCGUUCUUCUGAUUUUCCACAUAUUCAUCCAGAUCUUAGUGCUUGGAUUAAUCAUGGUCAUACUCACCCCACUGAAAUUCACAAAUCUCUUCUUGAUGCUAGCGGUACACAAAACUUGAUAUUAUUAUCAAGUUUUGUAGAAAACGGCGAUACUACAAAUUGGCUUUUUCUAAAAGCAGAUCUCAUACCUAAUUCAGAUAUUGUAUCAUGCAAUGGGCCACAUGGAUACGCUAUUGUUGAUCUCAGUGAUAGUGAACGUUUAUAUGGAUGUUUCAGACCCGAUUUUUAUCAUAAAGAGUCUUUGAGCAGUAGGCAUACUGGUGUUGUUCCAGUAUUUCUCGCUACUGUAGUCAGAGCAGGCAGGUAUAGACUGGAGGCCCAACUUACCUCUAGCGAUGCAAGAUCAACACUACACUCUCAUGGACUUAUAUGUCGUGACGGGGAUGGAAUAAGGAUUCCAGGUGUGCAACCAGCCGGCCACGUUCGUUACCUAAAGUCCGGUUCAAUUAAUCCAAUAGAUGUUGAAGGAGACUUGUAUCAAUCGAUUGGCUGAAACAACCCAGGUCAAAGAAUAGGUCUUACAUGAAUCGAUCUAAACCCCCGUUGUCAUUUUAUUGACUCAUUCUUUCUAAAAGAAUUGUUGUACUUUAAAAAAAUAUUUUUAAAAUACAUUAUACUUAUCAAAGCAACAGUUAACAAAACCAAAUAUUUACAGCAAGAAUUUUCAUUAUCUAUUUAGUUAUUGGAUUU